CCAGGCAAGAAGUCUGAACAAAUUCAAAAUCCCUGAAAUCACAUUAGAAAAUCUACGACUCACAAGCUCAAAUUUUCCCGUCUUUUGUCUGCUUCUCCUACGGAACCUAAUUGGAAAAUGAAUUUCUCUUCCCGGGUCAAACUUUUUACUACAGCUCAAUUAUUUUAUGCAUCCUUUUGAUUGGAUCUGGUCAUAACUAGCAAUAGAAACACCCUUUUGAAUCUUUCAAGCUUUUUUGGCUUUUACAUUGUGGAUCUUUUUAAGGGUGUCUCUGUGGUCUGUAUAGGUCCAAAGGGAAGGCAUAUUUUGAUUUCGAUUGGGGAUUUUAAUGUUCUUCCGAGUUAUCCUUGAAUGAGGUUUUGAUUGAUAUUUUGGCGUUUUUAGGGAACAUAAGGUCUGGGUGGUUAUAUUUGGUUCAAAGCUUGAAUCUUUGAGAACAAUUUGCAUCCGGGUGUUUGAGAAGUUCUAUAUACAGGUUGGUGAAUUGGGUGGUUUGAGGGUUUUCAAGAGCAAAAUCGAAUUGGGUAUCUAUUAAAUGCAGCAGAAUUGAACCUUUUGUGGUUAUUUUUGUUGUAAGGGAGUUCUAGGGUUUUGCCUGUGGAGGGUUUAGGUUUCGAUGAAAUGAAAAGGAUAGUUUUCGUUUGGCAUGAUGAUUCAAGCUCAAAUUGGUCUCAUACGAAUGAGUUGUUUCAUUGUUUUGCUGCUUUUUCUUUACACAACAAAGACUACGGGCAUCGAAUACAGGAAGGCAGCAGAGGAAGCAUUUUUCAGCCAACUGGUUGAUCCAGCCACCGGUGAGGUUGAUGAGGAAAUGGCAGAGCAGUUAUGGGUCAGUUGCAGGCUAGAUUUGAUCCAUUUGAAGGAUGCUAAUGAAGAACUCAAGUUUUGUUUUCCAAAAGGAACUUGUGGGUGGAAAGAUGAGAUCAGUUCAAAAAGUAGGUCUCUAGCAAAAGAAAACAUGCAGAAAUUGUUUGAUUUCCUGCAACCUCAGUUUCGACAAACUCUUUUAGAUUGUGUGAGAGAAAAAAAUCUUCAAGUACCUGUAUCUGGAGACAGUACUGGUCUUUGGACUAGGUAUGGGAAGCAUCUUGAGCCCAUGUUUUCCGGGCUUCAUGCUCCUAAAAGAAUCUUGCUUCAGAGCAUUGCAGUGUCACCUGCCCAGUCCCCUUCCCCUGCUGCUGGAUCACCUAGUUUUAGUUUAUCACCAUCCCCGGAUGUCGCCCCAUCUGCUAGUCCUGAUCUGGGUCCACAAAGCCGUUUCUUUCCAUCUGAAAACCCCCCUGAACCAAGUGUGCCUCCUCCAUUUGAUGCCAGAUCUUCUUCGGGUCCCAGUAGUGGUUCUAAUGCUAAUGCGGAUAAGAACAAAAGCAGUAAAAGAACUAUUGUCAUUGCUGUUGUGGUAACUGCAGCAGUGACAUUUCUUGUCGCAGCAUUCCUCUUUCUUUGCUGUUCAAAGAUCUGUAGAACUGGCUCUGGAGUUAAACGAAAUGAUGAGAGGCCCCUUCUUAGCCUAAGCUUAAGUGACUAUUCUGUUGGUUCUUCACACCAGUCGUUUGCAUUAGGAAAUUCAAUUAAAGAGCAGAAGCUUAGUCAUCAAUCUUUUGGGAAUAAUUCAAUCUACACAAUCGAUGAAAACUCCUCCUUAGGGAACUUUGUUGCGGGAAAACAUUCUACUGAAUCCUUUGGAACAUCUGGUACUGGUACACAGUUACCACCUCCUCCUGGAAGGCUCAGUCGUGCCUCCUCAGGACUGCCUACCUUGAAGCCCCCUCCUGGGAAGGCAGAGCCUCUCCCUCCCGAACCACGUGCUUCUCUUAAGCCUCCUCGAAGCAUGGAAGGCACUCCUCCACCCCCACCCCCACCCCCACCCCCUCCCCCUCCCCCUCCCCCUCCCCCUCCCCCUUCAGUAUCACCUCUCACUUUGAAACCUCUUGGCAGUGCUGGCCCAACACCUCCUGGACCACCUCCUCCACCACCCAUCCCCCUAGGUGCCAAACCUAGUUCUCGCCCACCUCCUCCCCCCCCAAAAGGCGGUAUUGCUCCCCCACGACCUCCAAAACCAAUGGCCUUAGGUUCUAAGGUUCCUCGGCCACCUGUUGGCCUAAAACAUCCAUCAAAUACAGGAGAUAGUGAAGGAGCUGGCUCAGGGAGUGAUGAUGGUUCUAAAGCGAAGCUGAAGCCCUUUUUCUGGGAUAAAGUUCUAGCAAACCCUGAUCAGUCAAUGGUUUGGCAUCAGAUUAAGUCUGGAUCAUUCCAAUUCAAUGAGGAGAUGAUAGAAACUAUGUUUGGGUAUACACCCGCUGAUAAAAACAAAGGGGGCCGCAAGAAAGAGUCUUCCUCUCAAGAUCCUUCACCCCAGUACAUUCAGAUCCUUGACCCAAAGAAAGCACAAAACUUAUCAAUUCUUUUGCGCGCGUUGAAUGUGACAAUAGAAGAAGUUCACGAUGCCCUUCAAGAAGGAAAUGAGCUACCUGCGGAACUUCUUCAAACUCUGUUGAAGAUGGCCCCUACUGCAGAUGAAGAACUGAAGCUUAGGCUGUUCAGUGGUGAACUUUCUCAACUCGGUCCUGCUGAGAGGUUCCUAAAAGCCAUGGUGGAAAUUCCAUUUGCUUUUAAAAGGAUGGAGGCUCUGCUUUUCAUGGGUACCCUUCAGGAGGAUGUUAAUAUGACUAAAGAGUCCUUUGAAACAUUAGAGGUUGCCUGCAAGGAACUCAGAAACAGUCGACUAUUCCUAAAGCUUCUUGAAGCUGUUCUCAAAACUGGCAACCGCAUGAAUGAUGGAACUUUCCGUGGAGGGGCACAAGCAUUCAAACUUGACACACUUUUAAAAUUGGCUGAUGUAAAAGGAGUAGAUGGAAAGACAACACUCUUGCACUUUGUUGUCAAGGAAAUAACUCGCUCUGAAGGUUUGAAAGCUGCCCGAUUAGCAAGGGAGAACCGAAGCAUAUCAAGCAUCAAUACAGAUGAUCUGCUUGAAGAAACUACUGAUGAAACAGAAGAGUACCAUCGUAACCUUGGUCUUCAGGUGGUUUCAGGUUUGAGCAGUGAACUUGAAAAUGUCAAGAAAGCAUCAGUUAUAGAUGCUGAUGGCUUAACUGGAACUGUUGCAAAACUUGGCCAAGCACUGUUAAAAACCCGUGAUUUCCUGAACAAAGACAUGAAGAGUAUUGACGAAGAAAAUGGGUUCCAUCAAACAUUGAAGAGUUUUGUGCAGAAUGCGGAAGUUGAUGUUAUGUGGUUGCUGGAGGAAGAAAAGAGAAUUAUGACUCUGGUGAAGAGUACGGGUGAUUACUUCCAUGGGAAAGCUGCCAAGGAUGAGGGUUUACGUUUGUUUGUCGUAGUACGAGGUUUUUUGAUGAUCUUAGAUAAGGUAUGCAAAGAGGUAAGAGAGUCCCAAAAUAAAGAAAAAUUACGGAAAAAAAGUUCACAAACUGCACCAACUUCCUCCAAUCCACCUCAACAACCAUCGCCUGAUCCACGCCAGCGUCUUUUCCCAGCAAUCGCAGAUCGACGGAUGGAUUUUAGUUCUAGUUCAGAUGAAGAGAGUUGAUAGAUUACAGUUGGAGAAGGCAGAUGUUAUAAUUGGAGGACUCCUAUGCAUACAGUAUCUGUAGCCGGAAUCGAAUAAAAAAGGUGCGGAUCUGGUGGGGGUUCUCAUUUCUCUCUUUAGGGCAAAGUUUCUCCUGCUGCCUGACUGUAUAGCUUGACACAAUCACCAGUAUAUGGUCAGCAUUAUCAUCACGGGAGGGCAUGGGUAGAGGUACCACAGUUUGAUUUCAAAGUAUCUUGAAACAAACCAAUAUGUGAAUUAGUAGAUAGAUGUGAUUAUUUAUUUUAAUUUUUCA